AUGUUUGGGAUUCAGGAGACGAUACCGCGGGGCGGCACAACCAUGAAGGAGGAACCGCUCGGCGGACUCAACUCGGUGCGCUCAUGGAUGCACACGGCCGGGGUCGUGGACGCCAACACGGCCGCGCAAAGCGGUGUCGGCCUGGCCCGGGCGCACUAUGAGAAGCAGCCCCCCUCCAACCUCAGGAAGUCCAAUUUCUUCCACUUCGUUCUGGCCUUGUACGACAGGCAGGGACAGCCUGUGGAAAUCGAGAGGACCGCUUUUGUCGACUUUGUGGAAAAGGAAAAAGAACCAACCAGUGAAAAAACCAACAAUGGGAUACAUUACAAACUACAGUUAUUGUACAGUAACGGUGUCAGAACAGAACAGGAUCUUUACAUUCGGCUAAUCGAUUCCAUGACGAAGCAGGCCAUAGUUUAUGAGGGCCAAGACAAGAAUCCGGAAAUGUGCAGAGUUCUUCUGACACAUGAAAUCAUGUGCAGCCGAUGCUGUGACAAGAAAAGCUGCGGGAACAGGAAUGAGACCCCAUCGGACCCGGUGAUCAUCGACAGAUUCUUCCUAAAGUUCUUCCUCAAGUGCAACCAGAACUGUCUGAAGAAUGCAGGGAACCCACGAGACAUGCGCAGAUUCCAGGUUGUCGUAUCGACGACCGUCAACGUGGACGGCCACGUAUUGGCCGUUUCUGACAACAUGUUCGUACACAACAACUCCAAGCAUGGGCGAAGGGCUCGCAGACUCGACCCUUCAGAAGCCACCCCAUGCAUCAAGGCUAUCAGCCCCAGCGAGGGAUGGACCACUGGAGGAGCCACCGUCAUCAUCAUAGGGGACAACUUCUUUGACGGCCUACAAGUGGUGUUCGGCACUAUGCUCGUAUGGAGUGAGCUGAUAACUCCCCACGCUAUCCGCGUCCAGACUCCACCUCGACACAUCCCCGGCGUGGUGGAAGUCACGCUGUCCUACAAGUCCAAGCAGUUCUGCAAAGGUGCCCCUGGGAGAUUUGUGUACACUGCCCUGAACGAGCCCACCAUCGACUACGGUUUCCAGAGGCUGCAGAAGGUCAUCCCCAGACACCCCGGCGACCCUGAAAGGUUACCAAAGGAGGUGUUACUGAAGAGGGCAGCUGACCUCGUUGAGGCCCUGUAUGGGAUGCCACACAACAAUCAGGAGAUCAUUCUCAAGAGGGCAGCUGACAUCGCCGAGGCCCUGUACAGCGUUCCCCGCAACCACAACCAGAUCCCCUCUCUCGCCAACACAGCCUCCCACGGCAUGAUGGGAGUUAACUCCUUCAGCAGCCAGCUAGCAGUCAACGUAUCUGAGUCACAAGGGAACGACCAAGUGGGCUACAGCCGGAACACCAGCAGCGUGUCCCCCCGGGGCUACAUCUCCAGCAGCACCCCACAACAGUCGAGCUACAACACCGUCAGCAACAGCAUGAAUGGCUACGGCAAUGCCGGCAUGAACCUUGGAGUGCCAAGCUCCCCGGGGUUUCUCAACGGAUCCUCUGCCAACUCCCCAUAUGGAAUUAUUAGUUCCUAUUCUGGUCUUGGUAGUCAAUCUUGGGCCACAAGUUGCAUUCUUCCCCUCUCCCUCCCUGUCGUCUCUGCAGUUAAACAAAAGAGCGCCUUCGCCCCUGUGGUCCGACCUCAGGCCUCCCCACCCCCCUCCUGCACCAGCGCCAACGGCAACGGACUGCAAGCUAUGUCCGGCCUCGUCGUCCCACCAAUGUAA